ACGUAACUGAAAUAUCUUUGUGUUGUACUUAGGUAGUUGAAUGGAAUCACGUUGGGUAUACGGAUGUAUAGUUGUCAUGCUGUGUAUUGUAGUGUAGAUAUGUGUGUGUGACAGAGAAAUGAAAGUGUAUGGAUGUUUCAAAUGAUGCCAUCGAACACUAACGAUCAUAACCGUACAAAACUGUAUAUGUUGUGCUUCCAAACUGUUAAAUGGGUUCCUGUGCUCUUCAUAGUUACGAUCGUCGUGUGGUCGUAUUAUGCAUACGUAAUUCAGCUGUGUAUAUUCACAGUGGUCAACAAUGUAGAGAAAGUGUUUUACCUACUUCUGUUCCAUCUGUUGUUCGCCAUUUUUUGCUGGGCGUACUGGCAGACAAUAUUUACAAAAAUAGGCAAAGUUCCAAGUCAGUUCAAAAUUCCACCUGAAGAACUCCAGAGACUAGAAGAAGCAGGUAAUGUGGAAGCAGAAAACCAAAUUCUGGAGCAGUUUGCACAGAAUCUACCUGUAACCACACGCACAAUUUCUGGAGAUAUCAGAUACUGUGGAAAAUGUCAGCACAUAAAACCUGACAGAACACAUCACUGUAGCGCAUGUGGUGAAUGUGUUCUAAAAAUGGAUCACCAUUGUCCAUGGGUUAACAACUGUGUGGCAUUUACAAAUUACAAAUUUUUUAUUUUAUUUCUGGGGUAUGCACUUCUGUACUGCCUCUUCAUCGCAUUUACAUCAUUGCCUUACUUCGUAAGCUUUUGGAAGGAUGAAUUGAAGACUGCUGGAAGAUUUCACAUAUUGUUCCUUUUUUUUGUGGCUGUCAUGUUCGCAGUUAGUCUUGCGUCUUUGUUUUCCUACCAUUGCUACCUUGUUCUGAAGAACAGAUCUACACUCGAGGCCUUUAGACCUCCAGUUUUUCGUACGGGUGCUGACAAAGAUGGGUUCAGCUUGGGGACAUAUAACAACUUCCAGGAAGUUUUUGGAGACAACAGGAAACUCUGGUUCUUACCUGUUUUCACAAGUCUGGGCGAUGGUGUGGUUUUUCCAGUCCGGGCUCAGCACCAACCCAGCUCAUACAACUCGAUGGGCAGUACACAGACCAGUUUGGGAGAUGGUGUCACGUUCCCUCAGCGUUGUGUGGAUGAAGAUACACACACACUACUGGGAUCUCAUCAGCAGUGGGCUGAGGAGGCUGAACUAGAUUCCCCUCCUUUUGCCUCUUCCACAGGUACGCAGCUGUAUUAGGAUGCUUUUCUUCAACCUGUGCAAACAGAGAAGAAUUAAAAUUUGGUGUACGAACAUAUGAACAUAUUUUGUGUGGUAUCAAAAACUCAUGCUAUUGUUGUAAUCCUUGUAAGUAAAUACCCAAAGCAGUGUGUGUGUGUGUGUGUGUGUGUGUGUGUGUGUGUGUGUGUGUGUGUGUGUGUGCAAAGCAGUGUGUGUGUGUGUGUGUGUGUGUGUGUGUGUGUGUGUGUGUGUGUGU